UCUAAGUGACAGCUACCUAGUUGUGAAGUAGUACUUUGUAGAACGACUGGCGUCGUUCACUUCAACUUUGCUCCUGAGGGCGCGUGCGCUGAUGGCUGCAAACAUGUCGACCGUCAAGCGCGGACUAGCCAGCGCUAGCGCUGGUGUGGGCCGCUCGUCGGUGCCUGCGGUGCCGCUGCCUGGGGCCUCGCGCCCGAUGCCGCUGCGCCUGCCCGCCUCCGGCGCCUCCUCCUUCGCCGCCGCCGGCCUCAUGGCGCCCGCGCUGCGCCGCAUGCCGGGCGCCGCCUCCGCCAGCCGCUCCGCUCUGCGCUGCCUGGCCUCCGCCGCGCCCGCCGUGGCGGCGCCGCCCGCGCCCGCCGGCGUGGUGUCGAAGGCGCACGGCUUCACGCUGACCCGGCAGCAGUACGUCAAGGAGUACGGCAGCCACGUGCUCAUGUACACGCACGACAAGACCGGUGCCGAGGUGAUCAGCGUCCUCAACAGCGACGAGAACAAGACGUUUGGUGUGGUGUUCCGCACGCCCGUGGACGACUCCACCGGCAUCCCGCACAUCCUGGAGCACUCGGUGCUGUGCGGCAGCCGCAAGUACCCCAUCAAGGAGCCGUUUGUGGAGCUGAUGAAGAGCUCGCUCAACACCUUCCUCAACGCCUUCACCUACCCCGACCGCACCUGCUACCCAGUGGCCUCCACCAACAGCCAGGACUUUUACAACCUGGUGGACGUGUACCUGGACGCCGUGUUCCACCCGCGCUGCGUGUCCGACCGCCGCGUGUUCGAGCAGGAGGGCUGGCACUACGAGCUGGACAACAAGGAGGAGCCGUUGACGUACAAGGGCGUGGUGUUCAACGAGAUGAAGGGCGUGUACUCGUCACCCGACUCGGUCUACUACCGCGUGGUGCAGCAGGCGCUCUUCCCAUCCAACACCUACAGGCACGACAGCGGCGGCGACCCCGAGGUGAUCCCCAAGCUCACCUUUGAGCAGUUCCAGGACUUCCAUGCCAAAUACUACCACCCCUCCAACGCCCGCUUCUGGUUCUAUGGCGACGACGAGCCGGUGAAGCGGCUGCAGCUGCUGGACGGCUUCCUCAGCGAGUUCGAGCGCCGGCCCGUGGACAGCGCAGUGGCCACACAGGCUCUGAUGCACGAGCCGCGCACCGUGACCGAGUACUAUGCCGCGGGCGCGGGCGAGGAGGGCGAGGAGGAGGGCGGUGCGGCGGGCGGCGGCGGCGGCGAGGCGCAGAAGGCGUACGUGGGUCUGAGCUGGGUGCUGUCUGACACGCCCCUGGAUGUGGAAACGGAGUUGGCGCUGGGCUUCCUGGACUACCUGCUGCUGGGCACACCCGCGGCCCCGCUGCGCAAGGCGCUGAACGACUCCCGGCUGGGCGCGGCGGUGAUUGGCGGCGGCAUUGACGACGACCUCAAGCAGCCCUGCUUCACCCUGGGGCUCAAGGGCGUGGACCCGGCGGAGGCCGACAAGGUGGACUCGCUCAUCCUGACCAAGCUGCAGGAGCUGGCGGACAGCGGCUUCUCCGCCUCGGCCGUGGAGGCCGCCGUCAACACCAUUGAGUUCAGCCUGCGCGAGAACAACACCGGCUCCUUCCCGCGCGGCCUCAGCCUCAUGCUGCGCGCGGUGGGCGCCUGGAUCUACGACCAGGACCCCUUCACGCAGAUGCAGUGGGAGGACGCGCUGGCCAGCUUCAAGUCCAAGCUGGCUGCGGGCGGCGACGUGUUCGGCCCGCUCAUCCGCAAGUACCUGCUGGACAACAAGCACCGUGUGGCGGUGCGGCUGCUGCCCGACAGCGCCAAGGCCGCGGCCAUUGAGGCGGCGGAGAAGGCGGAGCUGGAGCGGGCGCGCGCCGCCAUGAAGGAGGAGGACCUGGAGGCGGUGGUGGCCAACACGCACGCGCUCAAGGAGCUGCAGGAGACACCCGACAGCCCCGAGGCCCUGGCCUGCAUCCCCGCCCUGAAGCUGUCCGACAUCCCCAAGACCAUCACCAAGGUCCCCACCUCCUCCAAGGCCCUGGCCGACGGCGCCACCCUGCUCGGCCACGACCUGUUCACCAACGACGUCCUGUACCUGGAGGCCGCCUUCGACCUGCGCUCUCUGCCGGCCCGGCUGCUGCCGCUGGUGCCGCUGUUCUGCCGCAGCCUGACCCAGAUGGGCACCGCCACCGAGAGCUUCAUCGAGCUCACGGAGCGCAUCGGCCGCAAGACCGGCGGCGUCAGCGUCUACCCCUUCACCUCGGCUGUGCGCGGGCAGGAGGCGCCCGUGUCCUACGUCAUGAUCCGCGGCAAGGCCAUGGGCGGCAAGGCGGCUGACCUGCUGGAUCUGAUGCGCGACGUGCUGCUCACGGCGCGCCUGGACGACAAGGCACGGUUCGGACAGAUGGUGGCGGAGACCAAGGCCGGCAUGGAGAGCGGCAUCAUCAGCGGCGGCCACUCCUACGCCGCCAAACGCCUGGGCGCGCAGCGCUCGCUGGCGGGCGCGGUGGGCGAGGCCAUGGGCGGCCUGAGCUACCUGGAGUACGUGCGGCAGCUGGCCAAGCGCGUGGAGAGCGAGGAGGGCUGGCAGGCCGUGCGCGCGGACCUGGAGGCCAUCAGGGCGGCGCUGCUGCAGCGCAAGGGCGCCAUUGUGAACCUCACCGCCGACAACGCCACCCUGGCCGCCGCCGAGUCCGCCGUCGCCGACUUCCUGUCCGCCCUGCCCGCCACCGCCGCCGCCACCGCCACCGCCGGCGCCAACGACUGGGCCAGCAGCGGCCUGUUGCUGCCGCGCAACAGCGAGGCCCUCACCGUGCCCACCCAGGUCAACUAUGUGGCUAAGGCCGCCAACCUGUACGCCGACGGCGGCUACGAGCUGCAGGGCUCGGCCUAUGUGGUUGAGAAGUACCUGGGCAACACGUGGCUGUGGGACCGCGUGCGUGUGGUGGGUGGCGCGUACGGCGGCUUCUGCUCCUUCGACUCGCACAGCGGCAUGUUCACAUACAUGAGCUACCGCGACCCCAACCUGCUGGACACCAUUGAGAGCUACGACGGCUCGGCCGCCUACCUGCGCGGCCUGGAGCUCAGCAGCGAGGAGCUGACCAAGGCCAUCAUCGGCACCAUGGGCGACAUCGACGCCUACCAGCUGCCCGACGCCAAGGGCUACAGCGCGCUGGUGCGCCACCUGCUGGGCGUCAGCGACGAGGAGCGCCAGCAGCGCCGCGACCAGAUCCUGGCCACCAGCAACAAGGACUUCAAGAACUUCGCCGACGCCAUCGAGUGCGUGCGCGGCUCGGCGGGCCGUGUGGUCGCUGUGACCAGCCCCGAGAAGGCCGGCAAGGUGCUGGAGGAGAAGCCCGGCUUCUGGGAGCUCAAGAAGGUGCUGUAAGGAACUAGAGGAGGUGGAGGAGAUGCAGGUGGAGGAGGUGCAGGCAGAUGCACGCGUUGGUGGGACAGCAUUCGACUACAAAGUUGUGACCGCGGUGGUUGUGGCAGUUGCGGAGGAGGAGCGCGGGAGCGGGAGGAGCCGGGAGCGGGAGGCAGAGUGGGCGGUGAGCGAGGUAAGAUGACACACAAAUGAGCAGGCGACUGACAGGAGGUGAAUCGGGCGUGCUGAGGAAGCGCGCCAAUCGUUUCGCACGGCCGGAUGGUAUGUGGAGCACUGUGUGUGAUUGCAUGCGCCCGGGCCAGCCACGCAGUAUGUAUGUACGUAUGAUACAGCCGUGUUAUGAUAUGGCUGUGUGCACAUUGUAUAGCCCUCGUUUGUUUCGUGUCGGCACUUGUGUUGGCAUUGCGUUGCGCAUUACAUGGCACACACGCACGGAGGCGGAGGCACUGGGAGGCAGAACGUUUUGCGGUGCCUUCCUGACUUGCUGCGCCACUGCCUGCCACAGGGGCUGGCAGGGGUGGCGUCAGGGACACUCGCGUUGGCCCGUGGCGGCCCAGUGCCAGUAACAUGUAGGUGCUUUUGAAGUUCCUGUGUCCUAGAGCGUACAAGGCCCUUGAAAUUCAACCUGCGCUGCGUGGCCAGACCUGCAUUGGGAGUGCUCUGGAGUGCUGGAAAGCGCUGAAAUCGGGUGCAUGUAAGAUCUAAAAAGC